AUGUUACCUUACUCAACAAUUUAUAUCUUUAUAUUUGUGUUCGUCUGGAUUGAUCAUUUAAAUACUCAAUUACCUUGCGAUAUUGCAAAAUUUCCUCAUGGUCAUGCUUGUCAAUGUAUCGAUGAUUAUUGUGAUACCAUAACACCAUUGGGUACUUUACCGUUUGGCCAAGCAGCACUAUAUGAAAGUACCUCUGAAAAUGCUGGAACUCAUCGAUUAACUAGAUUAACAAAUUUAUCAUUUCGUAAAGAGAUAGAUCCAAAUAUAUCUACCGUUAUACAAAUAAAUGAUAAAACGAAAUAUCAAACAAUUAUUGGUUUUGGUGGAGCGUUUACAGAUGCAUCCAGUAUUGUAGCUCAUGGUUUAUCUGUUAAUCUACAAAAGAUAUUAUUAGCUCAAUAUUUUGGUGAACAAGGUAUCAACUACAAUAUCGGACGUAUUCCCAUGGCCGGUUGUGACUUUAGUACGUAUACAUAUACGUACGAUUCCGUUGCAAAUGAUUUUGAAUUACAACAUUUUUCUAUUGAAAUGGAUUUGUCAAUCAAAAUUCCAUUUAUUCAAUCGGCUAUUACAAUGAGUAAUGAGACCAUUUAUUUUUUUGGUUCGCCUUGGAAUGGACCCGACUGGUUAAAAAAUCAAAGUAAUCCUGUAGGCACUUUAAAUGGUGUUCCUGGUGAUAAAUAUCAUAAAACUUGGGCACGCUAUUUUAGUAAAUUUAUUGAAGCCUAUGAAGCUGAAGGAAUUUCUAUUUGGGGUAUUACCACACAGAAUGAGUACAGUCAAGUGAAAGAUUUCGACGGAUUAUUUUAUACAACGGAGCAAUUAGCAGAUUUUAUUCGUAUUGAUUUAGGACCAGAAUUACGGAGUAAACAUCCAUCAGUAAAAAUCAUGACUUAUGAUGAUGAUAUGGUAUUACUUUUCUUGAAAAUUGAUCGAAUGAUACAACGUAAUCGAACAAUUGAUCAAUAUAUUGAUGGUAUUGCUGUUCAUUGGUAUGCUACAGAAGACAUGACUUUUCCUGAUUUUUAUGAAUUAUUUCUUACUAAAUUAGAAUAUCCAGAAUUUUUCUAUCUUCCUACAGAAGCUUGUGAAGGAUAUAUGAAAAUCAAUAAAGGACCAAGAUUAGGCAUGUGGAAACGUGGAAUACAUUAUGCUCUAUCGAUUAUUGGAGAUUUACUUGUUGGAGCUUCCGGUUGGACAGAUUGGAAUAUUGUCUUGGAUUUACAAGGUGGACCCAAUCAUAUUCGAAAUUUUGUAGAUUCACCAAUCAUUGCUAAUACAAGCAGUGGAACAGUUUUCUAUAAAAAUCCGAUGUAUUAUGCAAUGGGACAUUUUUCUAAAUUUAUUCCUCGUAAUUCUAUACGUUUAGGUAUGAAGGUAUUAAAACAAGAAAAACAACACGCUCGAAUUGAACCAUUGAAAAUUGUUAGCUUCUUAACACCAAUGAAGCAAAUGGUGAUUGUAGCUUUAAAUCAUGAUCGAACAACGACACAAAGUGUACAAAUUCUCGAUUCUAAUCAAGGUUAUCUAACCUUAGCUCUAUUGCCAGAAUCAAUACAGACAAUUGUUUACGAUGUAGCUUCGUAG